UUCACCGCAGAGUCUCUGGCGAAGGCUUACGCCGGCCCUUCCAAAUGGCUGGGGAACGCAGGGAGCUCCGGCGUCCUGAGCACUCCGGGCGGCUCUCAGGUCAAAGUGGUGCCCAUCGCCAGCUUGAACCCUUACCAGUCCAAGUGGACCAUUUGUGCCCGGGUGACCCAGAAGGGCCAGAUCCGCACCUGGAGCAACUCCCGGGGCGAAGGGAAGCUCUUCUCCAUAGAGAUGGUGGACGAGAGCGGGGAGAUCCGAGCAACGGCCUUCAAUGACCAGGUGGACAAGUUUUUCCCUCUCCUGGAGUUGAACAAGGUCUACUACUUCUCCAAGGGCAACCUGAAGACGGCCAACAAGCAGUACUCCUCCGUGAAGAACGACUACGAGAUCACCUUCUCCAACGAGACGUCCGUCGUUCCCUGCGAGGACGCCGAGCACCUGCCCUCGGUGCAGUUUGACUUCGUGGCCAUCGGGAACUUGGAAAGCGCCAGCAAGGACUCCCUCGUGGACGUGAUUGGGGUCUGCAAGAGCUACGAGGACACGCAGAAGGUCACCAUCAAGUCUUCCAACCGGGAGGUCUCCAAGAGGGAGCUGCACCUGAUGGACACGUCGGGCAAGACCGUGACGGUGACUCUCUGGGGCGUGGACGCGGAGAAGUUCGAUGGCUCUCGGCAGCCGGUGGUGGCCAUCCGGGGGGCCCGAGUCUCAGACUUUGGCGGGCGGAGUCUCUCCGUGGUUUCCUCCAGCACCCUCCUGGUGAACCCCGAUUGCCCGCAGGCCUUCAAGCUGCGGGGCUGGUGAGUUU